UGACCUUGCAAGUCUCUCAAAUCGCCCCUUUUCUCCUUCUUCCGCCGCGCCUCCGCUUCUCCGACCCUGCGAGAGCCGAGCGAACUCCGACCUCCCGCCGCCAUGUUCCGGCACGCCGCGAAGCUCCUCCGCCGGCCCGUCCCGACGACCUCCCCCGCCGCCGCCGCCGUCUCCCGCCGCCCCUUCUCGUCGGAUCUCCCGGCGGCGGAGACGGCGGACCCCGCGUUCGUGGAGGCGUGGAAGAAGCUGAUCCCCAACAUCGACCCGCCCAAGACCCCUCUCUCCUUCAUGCAGCCGCGGCCCGCCACCCCGGCCUCCAUCCCGACCAAGCUCACCGUCAACUUCGUCCUCCCGUACGCCUCGGAGCUGUCCGCCAAGGAGGUGGACAUGGUCAUAGUGCCAGCAACAACAGGACAACUUGGUGUUCUUCCUGGACAUGUGCCAACUAUUGCAGAACUAAGACCCGGACUAAUGUCGGUUCAUGAUGGAAAUGACGUGACAAAGUACUUUGUCAGCAGUGGUUUUGCAUUCAUCCAUGCAAACUCAUUUGCAGAUAUUAUCGCUGUUGAGGCUGUGCCGAUUGAUCGAAUUGAUGCAAACCUGGUCCAGAAGGGGCUUGCCGAGUUCACCCAGAAAGUGAACUCAGCCUCCACCGACUUGGAAAAGGCCGAAGCACAAAUUGGAGUGGAUGUGCAUAGUGCUCUCAACUCAGCUCUAACCGGUUAGGGCGUCAAACUUUAGGGCUUCUCUCGUUUGGUCAUUUUCAGCAAUACCCUUAUUUUUGUUUGAUGUGCUCGAUUGACACCUAGAUCUGGCUUGAGGAGGGAUUUUUCUGACAUUUUGUACUGGUUAAUCCUGCGUGAAAAUUUCUUUGAUGAAAUAAUCCUCAAGUAAAUUGUUUAUUUGGCUUUCAGAGUUUAAAAAAUGGCUUUGCUGAGUC